AUGUAUUACCCAGAUGGUAGAAACACCGAGCCAGAAACGCGAGAGUGGCGCCCCGAACCCCGCGCCAACAGACGCCGACCACCUCCCCUCGCGCGUCCGGGCGAGAGGGCGGGAGCACCGCGGGCCUGGCCCGUAUUCACGAUCCACGCCGAGGACCCCCUGUGCAGCCAUCACCUGCCGACGUCGUGGGAGGUGGAGGACAUGAACAACCGCGUCCAGCCGCCGGCGUGCACGUUUUGCCGGUCUAGGGCGUACGCCGUGUACUUUCGGUGCCGGACGUGCGGGAUCGUGGCGUGCAGUAUGCACAAUAGCGUCCGGUUUGGGUUGACGUGGGCGCAGGCCGUGAGGGUACGGAACGGGUUGAGGAAUCGGGUUUGGAUUGAGCCGGCGGCGACGAGGAGAGGGGAGAAUAGGAGAGACGAGAAUCUGAGAGGUUGGUUCCGACAGGCGUUUGGGAGAAGAUGAUGCGGAUGGGUGUAUCCGUAGCACGGG